GCUUAGUGCAGCGCGUAUAAAGCAUAGAAUACGAGCGGCGGUAAAAUUUUUUCGAAAAUAAGCAAUUAUAACAAUAGACUGAUUUUUCCAAAUAUGUUAACUUGUACAAUAAUAGAAGACGAGUUUUAAGUUCAGCAAGAAUGGCACGUUCGACUUUCGCGCGAGAAAUGAUGAAUACGCCCAAAAAGCAACGUCAUGCAAGGGUUCAUGAACAACUAUUCGAGUUUUACUAUUUACUGAAAAAGAUGCCGAGGAAUCCUAUUAUUUCUAACUGGAUAUCAAGUAAUCAAGAUUGUAUAAACAAAUCUAUUGUAACAAGUGCACAUGAAUAUUGUGGUUACACACUGCUUCAUUUUGCAGUAUUGUGUAACAAUAAAUAUGCGGUAGACAGAUUAUUAUUGAGCGGUGCCGAUUAUGCCAUCAAGAAUGAAAAAGGGCAAACUCCAUUGCAUCUUGGUAUGGCAAUGAUCGCAAUGCAUAAAAGAUUGAAAAUGAGGGAUUCUGAGAAAAUUAACAUGACAUUAAUACUGAGACAUAUUUUUCCUGCUAAAAAUUGUAUUAACGCUUAUGAUAAUAUGGGACUGUCACAUUUGCACAUAGCAUGCUAUCUUGGUGAUUAUUAUUUAGUUGAGGACUUUUUAAUACGCGGUGCAAACUUGCAUAUGAAUGAUCGUUUUAUUAAAUUUGAUUCACCCUAUUGGCCUGGAUGUACAGUAAUCCAUGUAGCAUUUAAAUAUCCAAAGCUGCACAUAAUACGGCUACUUGGAAAGUAUGAUGUAAAUAUUAUGGCUUCUAAAGAUGCGUUUGGGCUAUACCCAAUACAUUAUGCUAUUCAGAAAUGUGAUGGACGGAUGAAAGAUUUCUUGUAUUCUUCACCUGAAAUACAUUUUUUAGAUUCACUGAAAAACAUAGGACUGUUACCAAUACAUGACUUUUGUACAGUGAACAGAUUUUUUUAUUAUGAAAAUGAGUAUAAUUUACAAUUUAGAGAGAAUGCCGACGCUGCUAUAAGUUCAGAUUCGCCUAUUUGGGCAGGAUACACACCCUUGCACAUAGCAAUAGAUAACGAAUGUAAAAGAUUGAUUAAUAUUUUGAUAGUUGAAUUGGGUGCUAAUGUUAAAGCUAGAGAUGUUAAUGGAAUAAGUGCCCUUCGGUUGGCCAUUCGUAAACAACUUAUUGACUAUAAUAUCACACAUGCAAUACUGACACGGUAUAACAUAAAUGCUUCAAAGCCUAUCAAUGGUGAUCUGGAAGGUCUGUACUUAUUUUCUUUUGCGUGCAUGAAAAGAACUGGGAGUUUCAGAUUAAUUUUAUUGGAAAAUAAAUCAAUAAUUAAUAAAGUUGUUCCUGCAGAAAAUCCAUUCGAUUUGCCUGGUUAUUCCCCCCUUCACUGUAGUGUUGAAGCUGGUAUUAUAGAAAAUGUGGAAUUACUUAUGAGAAAUGGUGCAGAUCCAUGCAUUGAAGAUGCAAAUCAAAUGACUCCACUUCAUCUUGCAGUUCUAAGAAAAAAAAUUAGUAUUGCUAAAAUAAUUUGCUCCUAUCAUGGUAAUGUAACUAAAAAUCCUAUAAACGCUUCAGGUCUAUCGCAUAUGCAUAUUGCCUGCAUGUGCGAUAAGACAAGUUUAGUUAAGGAAUUUCUGGACUAUGGAGAAAUGGUAAAUUUGAGCACAAAAAAUGGCCAUGUACCAUUACAUUUUGCAGUAAACCAUGGUUCUGAAACUACUGUAAAAUUACUUUUGGAGCAUAAUGCUGACUUUACUGCUCAGGAUAUCAGUGGUUUGACUCCACUUCAUCUGGCUAUGAGAGGUAAAAAAAUAAGCAUUGUUGACAUGAUUUUAAAAUUUCACAGUGAAAAAAUCGUGAACCCAGUCAGUAGCACUGGCUUAUCACACUUUCAUGUGGCUUGUACAAAGAACAAAGUGAAUCUAGUUGAAAAUUUCUUAAAAAGUGGACUGGUUAAUCAUGAUGCAGUAAGAUUUGAUUCAGAUCUUUUUGCUGGCUUCACACCGCUGCACUUUGCAGUGUACUACAAAUGCGUGGACAUAGUGAGACUGCUUUUGAACAAAGGUGCCAGUGUCGCUGCUCAAAAUGCUAUGAAGAAACUUCCUCUGCACUACAUCUCUGAUCAGAACCGACAAGAAUGCAGGCUGAUUCUAGAUUUACUCUGGAUGGCUAUGAAAUCCAACUGUACUGAACCCAUAGGUACAACUGGUCUGACUCUUCUUCAUAUUGCUUGCAUUAGUAACGACCGCCCUGCCAUAGAACAAAUUCUAAAGCAAGAUCUAGAUUCCAUCAACCAGUCCACUAGUUCUGACUGUCCACGUUGGCCAGGUUACAGUCCCUUGCACUUCUCAGCCAAGUACGGAGACGCGGAGAGCAUAAAAUUACUUCUGAGCCACAACAGAAAUUUGGUACACAGCACAGACAUCCACGGAUUCACUCCUCUUCACAUUGCCUGUUCUAGCUCCAAAUUGGAGAACGUCGAGCAGCUCUUGACAGAUGGCAGCGAUCCAUUCAAGAAUGCUCUCAACAAUCUGACACCCCUUAGUCUGGGAGCUAAGAAUACUGGAAUAGUCCAGAGCAUUCUUAGCCAACCCUUCAUUCAUAAUCAAGCGGGUAUGGCCUGCUUUCAUCUGGCCAUCUUCAAGAAUAAUUUGAACUUUGUCAAGAGGUUCCUAGAGGCUGGAGCUAACCCGAAUGAGCCAAUCCGUCCAGUGACGAGGUAUAUCAAGUUUACCGGCUGGAAGCCACUGGGUUUCGCUGUGUACCGCCAGGACUGUCAGUUGGCCGAGAUGUUGCUCAGUUACGACGCCAAAGUUGAAGAAGUGUUUAUUACGCAAACCGUGGUAGAAAAGAAUGCGAAGCUGGUAAAGCUGCUUUUGCGAUACAAGAACGACGUUUCAACACUAUCUUCGUGCUUCCGUUUCCUGAUAAACAAGUGCUAUAGAGUCAAGCCGCUGCUCGAGGCUGGAGCCGUUGUUCACAACGACGAGAUUCGUCAGUGUAUCGUGGAAAGCUCUCAGUUUCCAAUGCAUGCACUAACCGAAAACAUGAAGUAUAAUGCUCGCACGUGUGUGUGUUAAGUGCGGUGGCAACGAGGAAUUCUGGCGGGAGACGAUCAUCUCUCUCCUGGAGCACGACUUCGAGCUCGACGGCCUGAACAACGAUGGCAAAUCGCUGCUGCACCUGGCCUACUACCCCGAGAAUCUUCACUUGUUACGAGCCUUGCUACGUUGCGGUGCCGACGUCGACACCGAGGACCUGAGCGGUCGCACCGUCGUCUCUUACCACCUGGAGAUCCGGACCAGUCGGAUGAAUCUCCAGGAGCUGCGGAGCGUCAUCUUCGGACACCUGAGGCUGCGUCGUUCGGUUCCCGGCUUCGAGUUGAGCCAGAGCAACGAGGAGCUCUACAAGACUAUCCUCGAGGAGGAACAGCUGACUCACGACUCGGCGGCUGUCGACACGGCGGACGAGCUCGAGACGAUGCGCCAGAUGAGAUUCGGGGGCUACGUCUCGCUGUACCAGAUGUUCAGGCAGCCCGAGACCGUGAUGGCCUGGUGCCUGGAGAACGUAGAACUGUCUCGCUUCCUGGCCACGAAACGCCUCGAGGAGAGCUUUCCUCUCUGCAGCUGUCUCAUAAGGAUGCAGUACGGAAAGGCGCUGAGGAGGAAGCGCCUGCUGGAACCUGCCACAUUAGCGCUGGACCAACUGCUGUUCGACAAGCUCGAGGAGGCACGCGGCAGAGACAUUUGCCUCAGGGUCAUCGUCGAUCACCUGGACAAUCAGGAUCUGCGCAAUCUGGCAGCUAUGUCUCGUUGAAUUUUUUAAUGUUUUGUAACCUGGCAACUCGGAGCUAUAUUUCUAUACUUAAAUGUAUUAUGCUCAACUGUCUAAUCGGCUGAUCAAUGGCCAAAGAAUCAAUGUGCAGUUAGGCUUGGUGUGUUGACGGAAUUUUUUAUGGGUCAAUAACCAACCAAAAAGUCAAUGUGAUCAGGUUUGUCUUUCGCUAUCGGAAUUAUGUAUGUUAUAUAAGUAUUGAUAGUUAUUCGAUAACCAAAGAAUAAACGUGAUAAGGCCUGGCGUGCUAUGACAACCACCAACAAAUUUUUAUUUACAUUUCAGUAUAAUAUACUUUAUACAUUAUGUACACUCGGAAAAUUGUCAAAAGAGAGAACCGCUACCGUAGACUUAGGUAUAUCUAAAUUAUAAAUCUCAAUAAAUAAUUGUGAUACCAAGACGUGCGUUACCUGGAAACCCCACCCCGAUACCUCUCAGGUCCUACGAAUGACCGUCGGUCCGACAUUCGAGUCCUUAGGCACAGCAUCGCUCUAAAAUCGCCCUAUACUCAAACCGAAGCCACUCGAGGUAACGUAAUUCCGAAGCAGUCGUGCGAUCCCGAACCCAAGCGUCCGAGACGAACGUACAAAGCUCAGUCUCUAAUACACUUUCUCUUCCAACAGGUCAGUCUCGCCAGAAGACGCAGUGAAAAAAGUAAGCGACCGGCAAGAUGGAGAUGAGCCUGGACGACAUAAUAAUGCAGAACAAAUCGAGCCGACCACGUGGAGGAGCCCGUGGCGGCAGGUCACCGCGUUCUUUCCGAGGUGGUACCAGUGGGCGCAGACCAGGUGGUGGUGUCAUGCGUGGCCGUAGCCGUGGCGGCAUAUCUCGCAGCAGCUCCUUCGGAGCCAGAUCACGGUCCAGCAAUUUCAAGCGAGAAGCCUUCCUCGGCAGCACAUCGCCGCGCAAGUACGGCUCGGGAUCGGACAGCACGAAGCUCAUCGUGUCGAAUCUCGACUACGGCGUCACCGACAGCGACAUUCACGAGCUGUUCAGUGAGUUUGGCCAGUUGAGGUCAGCAGCUGUGCAUUACGACAAAUCCGGGAGGUCCCUCGGAUUGGCAAAUCUCACCUUCGAGAGGCGGGCCGAUGCCAUCAAGGCAAUGAAGCAGUACAACGGCGUGCCUCUGGACGGCCGUGAGAUGAACAUCGAGCUGGUCACACCGGAGUUUCCCGCUGGCAGUCCUAUCCGCGGUGGAUCUCGUCUAGGCGGUUUCAAGGGAGGCCGCGGCAGCAGCAGCAGCAACAGCAGACCAUCGCGCGGAGGGCCCAGUGGCAGAUCUCGCGGCGCUAGGCGAGGUGUCGUUGGCAAACCAGGCGGAGGCCGCCAACCCAAGAAAGCCCCUACGGCGGAGGAGCUCGACGCCGAGCUCGAGGAGUACGUUAAGAACAAAGUGUCCGAAGGCGCCUAAGCGCAGCGUUAGCAGUCUCAAGACUUGUAAAUAAUAUGUUUCGUAAUCUUAGAACUACAGGUUUAUUAAUAUUAUUAUUAUUAUGUGCUGCUAUUUUGUCGGACGAGAGUUAUAUAUUGAUAAGAAAAAAAAAAAAAGAGAUUAAAAGCGUUCAGUUCAGAGUCAAUACUCCAGCGACGAUGUGUGUGCGUGUGCGCGAUUGCCGCGAGUAGCAGAGGUAACCAAAAAGAAAAGAAAUUUAAGCGAGUUUAUAUGAUAUUUAGAUAUAUAGCGCGCGCCUGUCGAGACGUCGUCAGAAGUAAGCGAUUGUUUGUCGAUUACUUUUCUCUCGUGUCACAAGCGUAAACUUCUUCGCUGACGAUUAUCACCGCUGACUUUUGUGUUUUACGUGUAUAUCAUUCAGUGCGCAGCACCAUUCCUUCUGUGUAAUUUCCUAUAAUAAAUAUUCAUUCCGCCAAAAA